AUGUUUCAGAGGUCGUACACUUGGCUCUUCUUCAACAGGAUCUUCAAGAUCAGCAAACCCCCCGUGACAGGCUACGAGAUCGCUGAACUGCCUAAUGAAAAAGUGCUCCACGACUUCAUGCAGCACUAUCGCACGAAGGGGGUAGUGGUCAUUGUACACAGUGGCGCCCCGUAUGCCGCCGCCUCCGCGGCCUCCUCCGCCGAGACGCGCUCGUCCCCGAUAAGUGUGUCACUUGCGUCGUCUGGAAUGCACAGCACAACAGCGACUGUGAAGCCAGCAUCAACCGCAAAGCCCAAUACGAAGCUCCUUCAUGAUCCUCUUACUCGAUCGUUCAUCUCUUCCAUCAAUGCGAUGAACCUAGGUAAUCCAGAGGAGGUGAAGCUGGCCCUUGUUCCAGGACCGCAAGCGCCAUGCUUUGUGGAGGAAUACAACGUCAUAACCUACCCGACCUCGCUUCUGUUUUUGAAUGGGCAGUGCGUUCAUCGCGUUGUGGGUGCGCGGACGCGUGAGCUAUCGAUUAAGUCCCUCUUUAUGCUGCGUAAUGGAGGACGGAACAUCUUCUCGCGCGAGUAG